UGUCGUCGCUCGAGAGAAGAGGUGCCCAGUUUCGAAGGGAUACAACUCCGCAAAGGACUCAAAGUAAAAGUGAAACUUUAAAGCCAAAGAGCAAACACACACACACGCGGACACGUUGCAUACAGUUUUGCGCGAGUGUGGGUGACUGCUGCCAGUGGGUGUGUGAGUUGGCCAAGUGGAUUUCUAUUUUUGGCCCAUUAAAAAGCCAACUCGUGAAGUGCAGUGGUGUUAACUUCGGUGCUAUUUGAAAGGACUCAUCGAAUUUCUAUACCAACGAAACAAAACGACUCCGAAACUCUGGCAAUCGCAAUCUGAUCCUUGGAGAUGUGGAGCAGGCAGCGUAUGCGCCAUAAGCCGCUUUGGGCCCUAAUAUCCUUGACCGUUUUGCUGCUGGUCCUGGACAAAAGCAAUGCCAACACGGAGCCCGUCGAGACUAGCACUACAUCCGAACCAGAUGCCUCGCCAGGCUGUCGGGCGCCGGAUGUGCGCUUCACGAUUGUGAAGCCGGAAGCGACGACGGAGCAGCCGCUGGCUAAAUUCGAGACCACGCAGAUCUACCUGCCGGAGGACUUCACCACGGCGGAUGUGGAGUUCGUGGACUCGGUGCCGCGUAACCCCAACGAGAACCAUGCGGCCGUAAUCAAUCCGUAUUCCCUGGACUUGGGCGACGACCACUUGCAUGUGGGCGAUGCGGCCGCCAGUUUGGUUGGCGACGAUGACCUGGGCGACGAGGACGAGGACCACCACGGGGACCCGGAGGAUAAGCGCUUAAAUGCCAAUCGCAAACAGGGGAAACGACGGCGCGCGGGUUCAGGCCGUCGCCGGAGGAUUGAGAAUGAAAAUGGCCAGACAGGCAGGGGUCGUGGCAGCCGAUAUAAGCGGCAUGCCAUCCUCCACGACACUGAAGCCUCACCGGAAACGGAUCGCUGGGCAGGCAGCAAGCUGGCAGCCGAGGGAGAUGUGUACUAUGUCCAUAUAGCUGAUAUUCUGAAGAGCCGUGAGCCAAAUCGUGAAUUGAAAUCGAAGCUGCACAAGCUCAAAAUGAAGGCAAGGUUAAACAAGUGUCUGGCGGAGGGUGGCAAGGAGAAGUGCACAAAGCUCCUCAAGAAGAAGCCCAAGAAGAAGGUCGUCCAAAAGGAGCCGUCGCUGAAGAAGGAGAAUAAGUUCCCUAAAGAAGAACAGUCCCAGAAAAAGGCACUCGCUAACGGACAACCGCCAAAGGAGGACGAACUGGAACUGGGCCAUCCGGAGGCCACUGCUCAUCACCGCCGCCGCGGCGACAGUCACGCUGCAGAGCUCGACCAGCGUGACCGGAGCCCGCGCUGGCGCCGCCGGCGCAGCACCGAGUUCAAGGGUGAUCUCGGCCAGCUGCCACCGGAGUCCGGAAUCGGGCCGGAGCCGGAACCGGAACCGCUAGCGGAUCAGGAGGACCUGCAGCAGUACGGAAAUCAGUCGAGCAGUGCACGAGUGGCCCUGUUGUGGCAACGUGUUAAGCGCAAGUCCGGCAAGACCACGGGUGCACUGAGCCGUCCGAAGGGUGGUGGCGACUCCAGCUCCAAGACCACUAGUCGCAAGGACAAGGGUAUCUACGACGAGGAGGCUGGCUACACGCCCUUCCAUCCAGACGAGGAGUUCGACGAGGAGGAGGAGGAGGACGAGGAGGUCGACAUCCUGCAGCAGUUCACCGAAGUCUCGGAGAUCCGCUUCCCGGGCGAGAUCGGACCCAUGGGCGAUCGGCGGCUGUGCAAGAUCCGCUGCGUCAAGGGCAAGUGGGUGGGUCCGUUGUGCGCCACCAACGAGGAGGACGAUAAUGGGAAUGUGAAGUUUCAGCCGCUCUACAAGAGCUGCCACGUGAACCGGAUACCAUCGCACUUGCUGCUCAGCUACCGCAACAUUUCAGUGACACCGAUCCCACCAAAUCGCGGCUGGCGUAAAACGCGAUUAUCCAAAUCGACACUUCUCUCAAAUACAGAAAUUAAUGUGGGAUGGGACCUGCCGCACGGACACUCGCUACAGGCGCGCUGCCAGGAGCUGGGCAUCUACAAGCUGCUGGGAGAGUCCAGGGUCCUCUGCUCCAACGGCCUGUGGGCCCCGAGGAUGCCCAGCUGCGUCCCCACCACGGUGCUGACCAACUACUCGGAGGACAGCGCCCCCUCGAUCCGCAUCAAGAUCUUCAACGGCUCCCACUCCUUUGAGCCCUCCGGCGUCAUGGCCGUUCCGCCGCACAGCACAGUGCUCAUGGACUGCAUGUAUCCGAGGGUUAGGGGCACUCCGGAGUGGAGCUGGACCAGCUGGUACAUGCAGUAUUCCACUGGAUGGUCUCCAGCCCAGGAGGAGAAAGCGGUGCGCUACCGGCUGAGCAUCAAGAACAUCGAGAACAACGACUCCGGAACCUUUACCUGCACCUCGCCGCGCGGACUGACCAACAGCAUUGCCGUCGUGGUGGCCACUUCGACGUGCCCGCAGCUGACAGAGCCGCUGGCGCCGCUCAAGCUGCGCCUCGAGGGCAACAAGCUGGGCCAGCGGGCGCACUACGAGUGCCCCGAGGGCUUCCGGCUGGACGGCGCCUGGAACGCCACCUGCCUGGCCUCCGGCAAUUGGUCAUCGCCGACGCCGACCUGCCAUGCCAUCCAGUGUCCGCGUUUGGAGCUGGACGAUCCCCACCUCAGCCUGAUCGAGCUGAACACCUCGGCAUGGGGGCGGGCGGUGUUCAAAUGCCAGUGGGGAUUCAAGCUGACCGGACCGGCGCAGCUGGACUGUGAGCCGUCGGGCGUCUGGAGUGGCCCCGUUCCGCGUUGCAAAGUCAUUCAGUGCGUGAUGCCAGUGGCGCCGCUCAACGGGCGCAUCGGGGGCACCAGCCUGAGCCAGAGGCGCCUCACCGUGGGCGCCCUGGUCACGUUCAGCUGCAACGACGGGCACAGCCUGGUGGGCGAGUCGAGCAUCAUCUGCACGGAGAACGGACAGUGGUCGCACUCGCCGCCUUUUUGCAAAUCGCAGUGCCCCUAUCCCGGCGAUCCGCCCAACGGGCUGAUUGCGCCGCUCAAGUUCAACUACGACGCCGGAGACUACCUGAGCGUCCAGUGCCGGCCCGGAUUUGUCCAGAGCUACGAGGGUCCGCCCGAGCGGCCCAAGUGCCAGCCGGAUGGCCGGUGGUCCGGUCCGAUGCCCAAGUGCAAGAGCUACGAGGAGGUGUAACCUCCAGGACCUCCACAGAUUGAAGCCGCCGAUCCAGAAGGACUCGCCGCCAAGUCAGCAUAACGGGUCCUCCAUCUGAGCGGAUGCUGUAAUUCCGAAUGCAGAUCGAAACCGAGUGAUAUUUAGAUUAACUUAGUGAGAGGUAUCAAAAUUAAUAGAUAUUUUAUCAGAUAGGUUCAAUUCAAAUUAUUGUCUUUCCGUGGCCCACGAAUCUUUCGAGAACUCUCCUUUCGAACGCUUUUGAAACUAUGUACUCUAAAUAGAUCAAGUUGAUCCUGCACACUCUACAGAUAUUUGUUCUUCAGAUUGAACAAACUUUGCGCUUGCAUUUCAUUACGAAGUAUCCUUGUACUUACACUAACUAUUUAAUGAGAUAUAUAAUCAACAUCUGCGUGCAGGUAACAUAUUUAUGUAUUACGUAUUCUGGUUGCAACUAAAAGUUACAUAAAUGUAAAUGUUUAAACGAAAACAAGCGAAAAACUUACCCACAGUGCGAAUAAAAAUAAAUAUAUAUAUACAGAUAAACGAUUCUAUUCCACCAUAUAAAUGUAUUACACUGACAGAAAUGCAGAUUGCAGCAGCAGUUGUUGGACGAGUGUUGAUUAGUUAGGAGCUAAGAAAUGCCAAGCUAAGUAAAGUCUUUAAAGUCAUAUCCAUAAAUUUGAUUCCUUGAAUGGCAGAGGAGCACCUAUAGGUAUUGCAUAGUGUAUUGUAGGCAGCUGCAAUCUUUGUGUAAAGUAAAGACCGUUUUAAAUAAAAUACGAUAUUGUGUAAAAUGCAA